AUGAACGUGAAGGCGAGGAGUGCAAGUGUCAGCAGCAAGUCGUCUGAAAUCGCUACGAUGGCCGCGGCCAUGAAUUCAGCAAGUAGCGAAACAAUAUCACCUUGGACUACCCAAAAGAAAAAAUUCGACUUCUCGCCAGAAAGUAAAUCUGCAAAUACUGGCCAGUCAGAAGACGCUACAGCAGGCGAAAGCAAUGACGAUGCUGACAAAAAGCAACAGAAUCGUUCAUCAACCGGCAGCGGUCAGGUUGCUGGCACAUUGACACGCAAGAAGUCUCUCAGCGACAAAUUCAGGAUGGGAAUAAACGCGACCCUACAACACAAACCAAAGGAAGGUCCGACCCAAAGCACUGAAGCAAAGAAAGCCGAAAUGAGGGCAGUAGAGAACGCAAUUGGAGAGCUAUUACUUCAAUUGGAUAUGCACACCAGUAUUGUGCAGGCCCUGGAACGACAAAUCGACAGAGCGGAGAAAAUCAUGUGAUCGGACCCGACAACAACACCCCAGAUUAGGACUAGAAAUCUGAGACGAUCUAAACAAGCACAGCUGUCGAUCCGAUAUGAUGUCGAGAAUGAAUAACAGAUAAUAAAAUACAUGAGCGCGUG